AUCCGGAAGUGGCGCGGGUCAGCAGCGCUGACCGCUGUUGUAAGUUCUCGCCGACACCAUUCACUUCUGGACCUCGGCAUCUCGAGUCUUGAUGAACCAUUUCCGCACGUUUCUGUCACUGCUUCCCCGUCGUUUGCGCUCUCCUUCCGGGUUGACAGUGACUACUAGAGCGUGGCCGUCCGUCAGCAGCAUGGAGCCAGUGGUGGUGCGCUGUUCCCCCGCAGAACCCAAACUGACCAUCUCUUUCCGUCUGGACGGCACCAACAAACACAUGCAGCGGGAACUGGACGAGCCGCUGUCAAGGGCUUUAACUCGCAUCUCCAAUGGCAUCAUCAAGAGUCAGGGCAAAGCGAAGAAAAAGAAGAAGAAAAAUGAAGCGGAAGCACCAGAGAGUGCCGAGAAUUCAGUGGUCAAGCUUCUGCUCCACGGCAGCGAAGUGUCCGGGGAGCUUCCCAACUCGGAGGCUUGGCAGGACGGGGCGGUGCUGCAGGUGGGGGACCAGAGCUUUUCGGUGUGCAGGAACCCUCCCAACUUCACCACCGCCGAGCUCCCUGUGUCUGUGAUGGCUGGAUUCCCAGUGUGUCCCAAACUGGAGAUUGAGUUCGGCAGUUUGGAAGACUGCGAGUUCGCAUGGUUCAAGGAAAACUGCACCAGGCCAGAUGCAGGAGACGGACCCUGUCAUGACUCUCCGUGGAAAGAGGUCGGGUCUUCACGUGUUUACGUCCCAUGCAAUCAGGACAUCGGACAUAGACUCAAGCUGGUCUGCACGGCCAAGGACGGAGGACGCACAGGCUUGGUGAAGGAGCUGCUCUCAGUGAGCGCAGUGGAGGCUGGACCAGGCGUGUGCACCUGCGACAACCGACACCAGUACACAAUGAGAGAGGCCCAGUGGCCUACCAUGAGGGUGGUGAGCUACAACAUCCUGGCAGACAUCUAUGCCAAGACAGAGCUGUCCAGGACUGUGCUGUACACCUACUGCGCACCCUACGCCCUGGAGCUGGAUUACAGGCAGAACCUCAUCAAGAAGGAGCUCGCUGGCUACAACGCUGACAUCAUCUGUCUGCAGGAGGUCGAUAAAGGUGUGUUUGUUGACAGUUUGGGACCGGCACUUGAUGCUUUCGGCUUGGAUGGAGUGUUUCGGAUCAAGGAGAAGCAACACGAAGGACUGGCAACAUUCUACCGCAGGUCCAAAUUCAAGUUGUUGAGUUCUCAUGACGUCGUGCUGAGUGAAGUGUUGACCUCUGACCCCGUUCACGCAGAGCUGCUUCAGAAGCUUUCAUUGUCUGUUUCACUGAAGGAGAAAAUGCUGCAGAGGUCCACCAGUUUGCAGGUCAGUAUUCUGGAGGACCAGACUAAACCUGGCAGGAAAGUGUGUGUGGCCAACACUCACCUCUUCUGGCAUCCGACAGGUGGGAAUAUUCGUUUGUUCCAGAUGGGUGUGGCUCUGAAACACCUUCAUCGCGUGAUCAGUGAGGUUGCACCUGGAGCUCCACUGGUGUUCUGCGGAGACUUCAACUCCACACCAAGCUCAGGGGUGUUCCAGCUGGUCAGAGAGACAUCAGUCCCACAGCAGCACCAAGACUGGAGCAGCUCGGGUCCAAAUGAUUCCUGUAACAUGGAGCUGUGCUCGGGUUUCCCCCCACUGCUGAGUGCAUGUGGUGAACCUGCAUACACCAACUAUGUGGGAGGAUUCAACGGCUGCCUAGACUACAUCUUCAUCCAGCCAGAACUAAUGAAGGUCGAACAGGUGAUUCCUCUGCCAAGCCAUCAGGAGGUCACAACCUAUGAGGCUCUGCCCAGUGUGGCCCACCCUUCAGACCACAUUGCUCUGGUCUGUGACCUACAUUGGAUCCCAUGAUCACCUGUCCGUCAUGCGCUU